GGAGCUUAGUGGAACGCGGCCAAGAUGUCAAAAAUCUAAAUUGUCAUUAUAUUUAUUAAAUUAUUGUUUUGCUCAAGAAAGAAAACUUUGAAAGAAAAUACCUCUACCUAAUAAAAACGUUUAUUCGAAAUAAUAAUGAUUUCUUCUAUUAAAUCGUUUUUUAAAUGGAAAGCAACAAAGAAUAUUGAAAGCAAAAAUAAAAAUUCAUCUUUAAUGCUUCUAAUUUUUAUAAAUAUCCUUGAAGAUGUUAUAUUUUGGAAAAAAAUAUGGUUUACUUUGUUAUUCAUUUUAUGUUUUAACAUUGUGUUUAUAUCAUGUGCAUAUCGACAAUUAAAUGUUUUACAAUUUAUCUUUGGAUUUUCGGCAAUAAUUAUAAGUAUUGAUGCUGUUGAGGCAUGGUUAAGGUAUAAACAUCGUACUUCAUGUUUAAAACGUCUAGUUUAUCACGAAAAUGAAAAUAUAAAAAUUGUUGGAUAUAAAAUUCAAACAUGGUUUGAAAGGAUGUGGACAGGAUUUAUUUAUUUACGUAGUAGAAAUCAUACUAAAGCUUUUUUGCUCCUUCAGAUAAUGUUGACUGUUACAAUGCUAAUUGGAAGAUAUACGAGUGGAUACAUACUGUUAUAUUUGUUGUUUACAGUAAUUUUUUUCCUGCAUAAACUUAUACCACCGUUGGUGAAUGUGUUAAAAAAAGUUCAACAAAAUGCAGAAUCUGAUUUUGAACUUGAAGGACUUAUCCCAGAUGAAAGUGAUAUAAAUUUAGCAUUGUUGUCUAUUGAACAAGACCAAAAACAUAUCAAAGAUGAAAAACAAAGUUUAGAUUAUUGGAAACCAGAGGAUUUACCUUUUGAGGAAGCAAGUGAUAGUUCUGACAAUAGCAGCUCAUUAGUAACAAACUUGUCAAUUGAGAAAAUGCAAACAUUGUCAAAUGAAGUUGAGGUCACUGACUCUAGUGAUGAUGAGUACAUACCUCAAGUACAGCCAUCUGAACAAAUUCAAACAACUUUAGAGGUGCAACCAGUUGGAACUUGGAGUAGUACUGCCUUCAAUGCCUUGUCAAGUAUUGGUGGUGCUGUAGCAAAUAUGGUCUAUAGUUCUGAAGAUAAUAAGAAAAGAAAACGAGUAGAAAGUAGUGACUCAUCAGAUGGAUUUGAAAUAAUUGAUAAAAAAGAAUUACAGUAAUGUACUUAAUAUUGGUAAAAAAUUAAGUAAUUAGAGCUCCAAAAAGUGUAAAGAAAAAAAUAUUUGAUUUCGUUCUUUCAUUUUUAAUUUAAUUCAAGGCAAUACCAUUGAAAGAGUAUUAUGAAUAUAUCUAUUAUUAUUAAUAUUAUUUUCUUAAAUGCAAGUGUAGUUUUGUAAACAUACAUUAUUAAUGCAAAGUUCAUUUUAAAAAUGUAUUAAAUGUACCAAAAUACAGAUUGAGACAAUUAUGUAGUAAAAAAAUUGUUCUGUAAAAAUAAAAUCUUAAAACUGAGCAUUAAAAAAGUUUAUACUUACACUUACAAUGUUAAUAAAAUAGUAAGGUACUAUUUCAUCAUUUGAUGUAACAAAAAUUUAAUUAUUGAAAAAAAUGACUAACACAAAUUAUUACGCAUUAUUGAACAUAUUACUGUCAAGUCUUGACAUUAAUUCUUUAUGAUGUUUUUUUAAAGCUUUUAAUCUGAUAUUGUUAAUUGCAUUUCUGGCAACAAGAGCUUCUAACAUAGGCCUUGAUAUCUGGAAUAAAAAAUCUCAAGUUAUAAAAAAUAUAUAAUUAAAAAGAAAAGGAUUAUUAGAGUAAUAUUAUAAAGAUAAAGAGGUAAUACAAAUCUUAGGGAUCUAACUCAAGUUAAGUUCGAUAAUUUAAAAAUAAUCAUACCUUCUCAACUAUGUGACCUAUAGCAAUAGUCCUUACUGCUGCAUUAUGUUGUAUAUUAAUAAUGUCAUCUGUGUUGCUUUCCCCUGCUUCAUUUUUAAAUGCUUCAUCUUCUUCCUCUUUUAAAAUUGUUGGUAAUUGUGUCAAAAUCUAUAAAUUAAAUAGCAUCAAAAAUAAA